UUAUAAAUAAUGAAAAGUGAUACUUAACGAAAUCUGAAAAAAAAUGACAGAUAUUAUUUUAGAAAUUAAAAAGUUUAUUUCUGAAAGUUGGACAAAUAUUUUUAUGGAAGUAUGUAAUGCAGUAGUUUAUAUAGAUCAUUGUGCAAUUGAAUGUUUACAUUGGUAUACAGCUGGUAAAAGCUAUUUAACAUUGAAAGAUGCUGGAGCAGCUGCAGUUUAUGAAAUUGGCAUGUAUCAUUUUCAAUAUGUUGAAGUGAAAGAUGUUAAGAAAGCUGUUAUUAUAUCAACAUCUAGUGAUCCAACAUUUUAUCAGCGUACAAUUAAAAUGAUUCUAACAAAGAAUAUAUUCCAAAAUUGUAUUGUUUAUUGUAGCGUACCUUGUUGCACUGUCAAUCAUUUAGGAUCAUCUAUUGAAGAAAAAUUAAACUAUAAUAAAUUAAAAAAAGAUAUUAAAAUUUGGAUGACUUCAAGAAAUCUUUCUCAAGAACCUGUUGUCAAUAUUAUUUAUGCACCAAUUUUUAUUGCCUUUUUAAAUAAAAAUUUGUUUGUAACACCUCCUUUUGGAGAUUUGAUGCCACCUUUGGACACAAAUAUUUUAAAAGAUAUGGUUAUUAAAUUAAAUUUUUUAGCAUAUUCAUUUUAUAAUCUAUUUGAUAAUAUAAAAGCUAGAUUAGAUAUUUAUUCAGUUGGAAAAUUUAGUGAUCAUCUUGCAGAAAAUUUGGAAGAUUAUAUAUCUAAUAUUAAUCAUCAAAAUCAUUUGUCAGAGUCUCCAAAAGUAGGUAUCUCUCUUAUUUUGAUUGAUAGAACAUUAGAUCUUUGUACACCUACUAGUAACAAUACAGAAUCUUUUCUCACAAAGAUAUUACGAACAUUUCCUCGUUUACCAAAUCAUGAUAAUGAUGUAGCUAUAAAUAUAUCACCUAUGUUUGGAAAAACAAAUAUUUUAGAAUCGUGUGAAAUACCUGGAUGUUUAGCAAGCAUAGAAAAUAUUAUGAUGGAUCUUUUUAUUUCACAAAAAGAAAAAAAAUUGUUAGGUAUAGCCAAUCAAUUUUUAAAUGAUAUAGCUCUAACAACAGAUAAUUCUAAGUUGAGAACACCAUCAAGAAUUUCUGGUCAUAGUUUAGAAAAAUUUCUUAAUAAAAUUCAAUCUACAAACAAUAUUGCUUCUCUAGCAAUUCACAUGGAAAAACUUCAGUGUAUUUUAGCAAUAAUUGAAGCAUCUACAUCACAAAAAGCUAGUCAGCUUGAAUUACUUACUAGUUUAGAAAAAUUAGCUUUACAAAAUCUUUCAGUAAGUCGAGAAUCCUCAAGUAUACUUGUACAGUUAAGUAAUAUUAUAUGUACACGAAUUCACAGAGGACUUGAUAUUGAUAAUUUAUUAGCGUUACUAAUUUACAUUUAUGCUCUUGCGGGAACGCAGAUACAAUUUUCUGCACAACAAGAACAUCAAUUAGAAAAAUCAAUUGCAAAUGCAAUCUUUGAAGAUCUACAAAUUUUAAAAAAAAAUCCAUUGAUUAAUACAAAAUCGGCGUAUCAGCGCACUUUAUUACUAUUAGGAGUGGAUGAUGUUAUUGUAGCACAAGAAACAUCAUGUAGGAUUGCAGCGCGUUUUAUCAAUAUUCUUCGAUUAGUUGCGGAACAACGUUUAAUAUUACAAGAUUAUAGAUUUUGUAUGUUGAAACCAAGUUCUCAAGAAGUAAUUCGACAUAUUAGUAUUUUAGAACAAAUUAUUAAGGAUAUUUUUGAUGUAGAUGUAAAUCGAGAAUUACGAGAUCUUCAUAAAAAAUCAUCGUCAUUUAUUCAAGCCAGUUUUAAUUUAUUCUUAAGAGGUAAAACAAAACGUCAUCCUCGAGAUAAUUCUUAUAUUUUAAUAUACAUUGUUGGAGGAGUUACUGCAGAAGAAGCAAAAAUAAUUCAAGAAAUAGUAUCAGUACAAGAAAAACAUAGCAACAAAAAAACACCAUAUGUCAUUCUAGCAGGAUCUAGAUUGUUAAAUCCUUUGGAUAUAGUGGAAAAAAUAUUUUUUUAAUUAUUAAUUUUUUUUUAAAUCUAUAAAUAUAAUAGAAUUUAUUUUUUUUCUCUAUUUAUCUUCCAUUUUAUACCAUUAGAUAAUAUAGAAUAAUGUAUUUUUUUAAUAAUUUGCGAUGUUUCUAAUGUACAUAUAAAAUUUUUUGAAUUACUUAUUCUAGAUAAAUAUAUUUUGU